AUGGCACGUCGCAACCACAACACAUCUGGAGAUGGGGAGACACUCACUGUACGUAUGCAUGAUCAGUUUGACGCCCAAUUUAUGAGUCACGGAUGGCAGGUGGAUGAGCUGCGUGCAAUGAUGAACAAGCGCCCUGUCCAGGCGAAGGAGCCAGCGACCAACCCGGCGAAAAACACUCAGAGGAUGGACGCAGCGCUCGCGAAGUGUAAGAUCGGUGUGGCGUACAUCGAUAUACUCAAAAUCAAGAACUCGUUGGUAUUCGGCAGAUAUAACGAUCGGCCGCAGGAGCUCAAGGAGGUGAACAAGCUUCUUGCGUCGUUCAAGAAGGAUGGAAUCCUGGCGAUGCGAGAAGCGACAGCGAUACCGAUUAUGAUAUCGGGCGCCCGCGUGAAGACCGGGUUGAGCCUCGCAGUCAACUUUGACAUCCCAGAUGCUGUGCCGCAGUUACAAUUGAAGGACGUCAAUGACAUUGUCGUAGCAUCGGGACAACAUCGCGUUGCUGCGUUGAAGAGAUAUUUUGAAAUCGUUACUGGAGAGAUGAUGCGUAUCGAGCAACGCUGCGACGAUAUAGCUGCGCUGGAUAAUUUGAGCCCAGACCACCUCACCGAGUUCAACAGGCUUCGCGACCAACUGGAUGAGCUGCAGGAGAUAAUAAGUCUAAUGGGAAAAUGGGGCAUCAUCGCAUAUGAUGAAGACAGCGUGUUGGCGGAUGGCGACAUGUUGGCAGACCACUUGUGUCGAAACAAAUUCUUGCACGACUACAAUGAGACCGCAGAAGAAGUGUUGAGCAAGAUCUUGCGAUCGGUGAGAAAAGCUCACAACGAUGCUUCUGAGCAUGAGCGAGUCGCGGCAGCACUGCGUGAGCUGUGGAUUCAGCGCGAUAAUACCGAGCGGCACAAGAAUGCACGGUUGACGAAAGUCACGAGCUACGACCUGCUCGUUUUAGUGCUCGCGCUGCAUCUCCUGCCGUUGGGACCACACUUUCGCCGUCGCAAGGAGUUCCAAAUCACCUGGCUCGCCAACUCAAUUGAUGUAGUCAUGGGGAUGUUCAUUCAAUUUAUUAUGUUCCACAGUCACAUUCUGAAUUUGCUUGCAUCGAGCGAUGACUUCCCGGACUAUGCAACAGUGACCAACAUAAUCUCGGUAGCAUCCAGUGAUGGGACAGACCGCAACGCUUCGGUCGAGCAACUUGCAGUGUGGCGCACGCAGAUAUACGACAGCAGGGCCAAUACUGAAGUUACCAUUUUCAACGAUGUGUUCGAGGAUGUGUCCGAUUUCGUUCAAGAGGAGUUUCGUAAUAUUCCUUUAACGAAUGUCGGGACCAAGGACCCCCAGUACAUUAACAGCCUGGACAAUUACUCGCACUACCUUGUCAGCAAGUUGCGCUCAAAGUGGCGCCUUGCGACAACAAAGCCCUCACAAUGGAAUGACAUUACCCGGUUUCACGAUAGGGUUGUGGCAAGGAUUGCCGUGUGGUUGACCCCUGAAGAUUUCGUGCAAGAGGCCCCGUUACCGCUGUUGUGUGGUCACCUCCUCGAUAUCGCAUGGAGUAGUCUAAUAUCGAACAUCGCUGCAUUUGAGGAGAUCAGCGGAUGGUUCGAGCCUCUGCUGCUGCACUAUCGGAUACUCCAUCGCAACGGCCAUGCGAUGGAUGACAAGUCCCAAGUAAUGUUCACGAACCUUCGCAACGAAUCCAGGAUAAGCGAGCGCGAGAUAAUAGAAGAGGCGGUGUUUACUUGCUUGUGGGCACUCCGCGGGACGCUGGUCCUGCGGCUGCAGAACAAUUUGACGACAGUGUCAGCUCGCAAGAGGAAGAGCAAGCCGUUUAAAGACCGAAAGGAGGUCGACAAAGCGUUCGCACAGCUAGGGUCCGAUGCGCAGGACAAUCUGCAGAAGUUGCAUACGUUGAUGUUGGCAAGGAAGGGACGAGGACGGGAUCUAACUUCUGAGCUGCAGGAUGUCCCUGGAAUCCUUGCCAUGCACGUCACGAGCUGGGACUGGCAUACUCGCAUAACAAAAAAUGGCAAGCGGGACACAGAGCCACUGAUCAAGGUAUUAUUGCUUGAUCUUGUCAAAAUUCGCAAAAGACGCGAGGGUCUAUUCAAAGAUCCGAUGGUUGCAGGUCUUCGCACAAUCCUGGAGGGGGUGAUUGCCAAGCAUACGAGAGCAGUUAAUACAUAUGAGGAGAGCGGCCAGAUCGUCAAGCGUAAGAGGUGGUUAUGGUACGAUGGAGCCAAGAUUCCGCCGAACGUCACUCCUACAGUGGAGACUGUACUCACUGCGGACUGUCACGCGAUACACGCACGCAUGCAGAGUUGCCAGGACAUGGAGGGGAAUGAUCGCGCUGCUAUCAUGAAGCUAGUCGAUUAUGUCGAACGCAUGUCAAUUGCAAAGGCGACAUCGACCCACAGUCUGGUAGCAGCGAAUGUCGUUCGAGGGCUCGCGAAGCUUAUACGCGAAUUGGAGACCAAUAGUACACGUCUCCGCACGCGAGCACUAGAGAAAGACGAUAGUUUCACUUAUGACAUCACGGAUACUGUUGAUCUCAAAAUAGCUCUGAUGCAAGGUUUGGAAGACGAGAAUACCAAUGCAAGUACAUAUAUAAUUGGGGAUCACACUGGUGAACAGGAAGAUGAAUCACCUGUGGUCGAACCGAAGCACAAUGAACAACCCUCGAACACGACAGUAACCAUGGUCGAAAAUAAUGAUGGACACCCCGGGAGCCACACGUCUUCGGGAUCUGGGCAGCCGAAACCUCGUCCCAUAGCGCAUUGCAAGAAUAAUAAUAACACGACCACUCGUACUGACUCACACGAUAUGAUAACUGAUGCCUUCCAAUUGACUGGAUCAUCCCCGCGCCCACAGAGCAAGGGAAAAGAAAGAGCGAUAAUAUUUUCUAAUGGUGAUCGCUUUCAAGCGUUUGGGGAGAGCAAUGUAUCUGCUGGUCAAACGGCAGCAGGCGCACCUGCAGAGCACGAGCUUCAAAUUGGCGAACAUGCGUUUGACGACAAUCCAGGUGAUAGUUGUGACGCCAGUGAAACUGCAGCAGGCGUGGCUACACAAGGUGAGACAGGUGAGGAUGGGGGCAACGCCGCAAGUGGAGAUGUCACGAAUGGGAUGUUCUCGGUCGCAGCACCGCGGAAAGAACCUUGUCAAAAUACUAAUACCGACGUCAUUAUUCCUUUCGUGGGUACGGCAACUAUCGAUCAGACUGAGCAAAGUACAGCUCGAACACAAACUGCCUCUCAAGAACAAGAUACAGUGACUACUGGUCGAUCAGUUCCCAGGUGCAUCGCGCAUACUGCCAGGGCUUCUUUAAAGCGUCCAAGCGCUCCUACAGCAGCCACCCCAGGUCACUCGAGCAAGAAGGCUCGCAGCACUGGGUCCACUUACACUGCUAACAACGAUGCCAAUGACCAAUUGGUUGUUAUUAAAGCCAAUAUGUAA